CACCACACAGCACACACCUUCCCGCCUUUCUCAAGGACCAACCAACCUUCCAAUACGCGCCUCUUUCACCCCAAGCAGAACAAGAACAAGAUGACGGACACGCCGAGUAACGAGCAGGUUGGCGAGGCCGUGCCCUCCGCACAACGUAGCAGCUGGACGUCGUUCCUCAAGUCAAUCGCCUCGUUCUCUGGCGAUCUUUCGUCGAUGACCGCACCGCCGUUCAUCCUCUCCCCGGUAUCGCUCACCGAGUUUCCUGCGUACUGGUGCGAGCGUCCAGAGUUGUUCGCAGCGAUCGCGGACGGCAAGACGCCGGAGGAGAGACAUCUCGCUGUUCUCAAGUGGUUCAUCAGCACGCUGAAGGGACAGUAUACGUCCCGGAAUGAGUCCAUGGGGUCUGAGAAGAAGCCAUUGAACCCCGUCCUUGGCGAGCUCUUCUACGGCUACUGGCCAGACACGAACGGCCGAGGACAGACGAACCUCGUCGUCGAGCAGGUGUCCCAUCACCCGCCCAUCACGGCGUAUUAUAUUUCGAACCCGAGUAAGGGGUUGGCGUUGCAGGGACAUAAUGCGCAGAAGACGAGUUUCUCGGGCGGAUCCAUCAUCGUGAAACAAAUCGGGCACGCCUCGCUCACGGUCGACCUCCCGGACGGGAACAAGGAAGAGUAUAUCAUUACGCUGCCCAGGCUCAGGAUCGACGGGCUUUGGUAUGGGAGUCCGUAUAUCGAGCUUGCGGAGACGAGCUGGAUCUCGAGUUCGAGUGGGUGGUUGAGCACUAUCGAGUACAAAGGCAAGGGCUACUUCUCCGGCAAGACGCACUCGUUCAAGGCGACGGUGACGGCGCAGAACGGGGCGCAGGUGCAUGUGAUCGAGGGGCAGUGGCACACGACGAGCAAGUCGACGAAGUCGAGCGCUAAUUUUACGGAUGUGACGGGGCCGAAGGAGGAGGUUACGGUCCAGCCAAUAGAUGCGCAGGACGAGUGGGAGAGCAGGAAGCUUUGGGGGAAAGUCGCGGCGGGGAUCAGGGGUGGCGAUUUCGAGACGGCGAGCAGGGAGAAGAGCAAGAUUGAGAAUGAGCAGAGGCAGAGGAGGAAGGACGAGGUGGCGGCGGGGACGAAGUGGGAGUUGAAACAUUUCGUGCAUGUGGAUGAGGAUCCGCUUUACGAACGCCUGGGCAAGGCGUUCAAAGCAUCCCCGCCUACCGAGGACAUGUACGUCUUCCAGAACAACGCGCCCACGUUCGGUCCUUCUGCUUCUUCCGCCUGAGGAUAGCCCAGCUUGCCUGUGCCCAAGCUACCAGCGUGUGUGGAAGGAAGGAGGACUUCCGUUAGCUUUUUUCUGUGACUGUCUGUCUGUCUCUCCAUAAUCACAUCUGUUUCUCUUCUUUGUUUCUACCAACUUCCGUUGAUUCCCGAUUCCCGUCCACACUUUAUUUUCGAUCCAUGUACGAACCCAAACCCGAACCCGUACGUUUUCGAUCUUAUCCAUCCUACAUACAACCCAACCCAAUCCAAUCCGAACGAUGCAAUACGUACUUUACGAGAAGUGGACUUUUUUUAUUGCGAAUGAUCGAUUGUUCAUUGACGUGACUGGAA